GCGCCCAGCGAAGAGGGCGUGUGGGGUGCGGGGCGCGGCGCGGCGCAGGUCGGAGCGGGACGCGUCGGAGCCCGGGCAGGGCGGUGAGGUCAGCGAGGAAUCGGUGGAUUCCCGGAGCUGAUGAGGUGAAGGGGACGCGAAGAGACGCCGCUCCUAAGCUGACGGUCCACUGGCAGGAGCGGACAGUGGUGUCUCAGCGAGCAGCGGGAAGUUCUUGCUGACGUGUGCCAGAGCUCCGAGCUUAGCUGGUGUCACCUGCACCCACCCAUGUAAGAUCAAUGGAGCGGCCACCAGGAACUGUCCCUGACUACCUGCCACACACAGCGGAGCCCGCGCUGCCGACCCGUCCCGCGACUGAGCCACUGAGCUGUUGCUGAGCCGUCCUGCCUCUGAACUGUCCUGCCACUUAGCGGUCCUGCCCCUGAGCUGUCCCACCACUCGACUGUCACCAAGUUGACCCUCCCUCCAUCUUGCCGCUGAGCUGUCCCACUGCAGAGCAGACCCUCCAUCCGUCCCACUGUCCAUCCUCUUGCCGAGCCAUCCCGCUGCCGAGCCGUCCCGUCGCCGAGCCGUCACGCCGCCGCACCGUCCCACCGCUGAGCCGUCCCGCCGCUAAGUCGUCCCACCGUCCAUCCCACCGUCUUUCCCGCAGCAGAGCCAUCCCAUCGCCGAGCCGUCCCGCCGUCCGGCCCGGGAAGCUGGAGGAGCCCGUGUCCCACCUUCACCAUUCUCGUCUCCUGCGCAUGGGCACUGCAACCCCGGGGCGCCCGGCCGCUGGCCCCCCCGCCUAGGCGUCCCACCCCCAGGUACUCCACGUAUCCUGAUGGGGUAACGUGACCCACGGCCCACGCGCAGCCGCCGGACUGACACUCGGGACCACCACCGGCGGCCGCUCCCCGACCAGCCCAGCCCAGCUCUUUACUCCUCACUGGAGCACGAGAGGGCAGCGGCGGCGAAGGCCACCCCGCUGGUGCCCGCUGGUUCCUGGGUCGUCGGCAGCGCCGGGCGCUGCCAACGCCAGAUUCUGGGUUCUUGUGGGCUCCGGCCCCUGGGGCUCGGGUUGGUUGUAGAGUUGGGGAUCUGAGAGGGUCCCCAGGAGCGGACAGAAUUUGCACUACAUUUUUGUGGAUUUGGAAGGUUUUGGCAGCUGUGCCCCAGGACCCUUGGACCCCAUUCCCAGGUGCCCGUCCUCCUACCAGCUCCCCCUCCCCCUUGGCCCCUACCGGCUCGCCAUGGCCCGAAUGAACCGGCCUGCACCCGUGGAAGUCUGCCACAAAAAUAUGCGUUUCUUGAUUACCCACAACCCUUCCAACACCACUCUGAGCACCUUCAUCCAGGAUUUGAAGAAAUAUGGAGCCACCACCGUCGUGAGGGUCUGUGAGGUCACCUAUGACAAGACUCCUCUGGAGAAAGAUGGUAUUUCCGUCAUGGACUGGCCGUUUGAUGACGGAGCCCCUCCCCCCAGCAAGGUGGUGGAUGACUGGCUGAGCCUGCUCAAAGCCAAGUUCUGCGAAGACCCGGGUUGCUGCGUGGCUGUGCACUGUGUGGCUGGCUUGGGGCGGGCCCCAGUGCUUGUGGCUCUGGCUCUGAUCGAGAGCGGCAUGAAGUACGAAGACGCCAUCCAGUUCAUCAGACAGAAGCGCCGAGGUGCAAUCAACAGCAAACAGUUAACAUAUUUGGAAAAAUACCGGCCAAAACAGAGACUGAGAUUCAAGGACCCUCACAACCAUAAGAACAAGUGCUGCAUCAUGUAACCUCAGCUGCCUCUUGCCAACACUCACAACUACUGCUUCACAGACACACCCACAUUCUCCAUCUCUCACUCACCCACACACAUACACACCCACACCCACCCCCCCCCCCCCCCCACACAAACUCUCUUUCUUUCACACACACACUCACACUCACACUCUCACAGGGUUGAUAAGCAGGGAGCUGGAGGGUUUGGAUUUAGGUAGCACUGACUUCUCCCCUCACCGCCCACCUGUCUGACUUUCCUGAAAAGAGUUUUCCUCUUGAACGAUUGCUGCAAUCAAACCUGGGGAGGAAAAGACCAUUCUGCCUCUUAACUGCCCUAUGCUGAAUCAGAGGACCUGCUGGGCUGUUUCCUUUUAUAAAAAUAUUUCCUUUCCCCCGCCACCUCCAACCCUUUCCAGGCAGGGUUUUGUCCUUGUAAAUUAUCCAGCCUAAGAUGGACAAGGAUGUUCCGAGUCUAAAAUACAAUAAAAGCUUCCCCUGGCUCUCUGA